AGUGCGAACGCAGGUCUCGUAGAGAGCGCACGGACUGCCGAAACGCGCACGGUUAACCUAAAAAAUACACGACAUUGAAAAGCGAAUCGUAACGUUUACGCUAACCAUGAAUGGGUAAUGUGGAACGCGACUUAGACUUUUAAGUGUGGUUGUGUGUAUAAUGUGUUUUGAUAUGAAUGCGCAAAGUUUCGCUGAGUUUUUGAUUUGGACGAGUUUCAGUGCAGUGUCGGUAAUUAGGCCAAUCAAUACAGCAAAGUAUCAAUGUCCGACUGUAAAUAUUUAAUAAUUAUCAAUGAUUAGCUAGAUAUAAAACAUAAUGUAUGUCGGGUGUGUUGUAGAGAGGACAGUGCUAGCUUUCCUGCUGCUUGCCGUCACCACGUCCCCUUCGAUGCAGAACAGUAUCAUAUCAGCGAGUCCAAUGUCCAUGACUGGUACAGUUGCCAGAGUGUCCGCUGUAGUGAAUGGGGAAGCGGAGUUGCCUUGUGACUCGAAACCUCCUAAAAAUGACAGCAUGCUGUUGGUUGUGUGGUACCGGGACGACAAUCCUGUCUAUAGUUACGACACAAGAGUGGAAGGCCCGUCGGCGCACUGGACGGACGAGCCGUUUGCUGGGCGCGCUCGCUGGCUCGGUUCGGUCAACUCCGCGCUGCAGAUUCGCGGGAUUCAAUCACGCGAUCGAGCGACUUACAGAUGUCGCGUCGACUUCCAAAUCUCGCCGACUAGGAAUUCUAGAGUGGCGCUUGAUGUUAUAGAGCUUCCAAGUAAGCCGGUGAUAUUUGACGAAUUCGGCAAAGAGAUAUCUGGAAUCGCAGGCCCUUACAAUGAGGGGGGGGAUUUCAAGCUCACUUGCCUUGUCAAGGGAGGUAACCCCACACCAAAAGUCCAAUGGCUGCAAGGAGACCAGAUACUCACCACAUUGAACCCUGGCGACCUUCAACCGUCAGGAAACACAAGGUCACUGACCUUAGUAGUCAGGAACGCUACCAGGGCGCACCAAUCAUCAGUGUACACGUGUAUAGCUGAAAAUACACCAACCUCAGCCCAACAGAUUCAAAAAACGUCCAUCAGAGUUGAACUUUAUUUGAGGCCGCUAUUGGUGGAAAUACUUUCAAGAGAACAGCCGUUAUCACAUGGAAGGAAGACUGAAUUAUGGUGCAGAUCCACUGGGGCGCGGCCGCCAGCGACAGUAAGCUGGUGGCUUGGUGGAAAGAAGCUGGAGUCUAUUACUAAUCAUAGGGAAAUGGAAGAAGGCAAUGAAACACAGUCAUUACUGCAAUGGACGCCGAUGAAGGAGUACAACGGACAAAUCCUCGCUUGCAGAGCUGAGCAUUCCAAGUUCAACAAGUGUACUAUAGAGAGCAAACUACCUUUGAAUAUUUACUAUGUACCAGUGGCUACGAUUCAUCUGGGCGCUAAGAUGAACCCGAACGACAUCGAAGAAAGGGAUGACGUUUACUUUUUUUGCGAAGUCGACGCUAACCCACCCGCUUACAAAGUUACAUGGGAACACAACGGGGCGCUGCUCACGCACAGCACAGCGAAAGGGAUUAUUCUCACUGGCAACACUAACCUCGCAAUAAGAAACAUAUCGAGGCAUCAGGCCGGAUUGUACACGUGUACAGCGUCGAACGUGGAAGGCGAUGGGCAGUCGAAACCUUUACAUCUACAAGUUUUCUAUAAACCGCUGUGCCGUAGUAAAGAAAUAAAGAUGAUAGGAGCAGCACUACAGGAGCCAUGUAGCGUGGUCUGUGAGGUGGAUGCCUUCCCCCCACCGGAUACGUUCGAAUGGACCCUUAACAACUCAGCUGGUUCGAUUAAAGUCGACCCGAUUCGGUUCACCGUCAACGCCAAGGAAGGGAAAUCGGUCCUGACAUACACACCCGUGUCAGAAGUCGAUUACGGGACUUUGUCAUGUCGCGCGACAAAUUUGGCGGGACAGCAGACCAUCCCGUGUAUUUACACGCUGCUGCCCGCGACGAGACCAGACCCUCCGACCAAUUGUACUGUGUAUAAUCUCACUGAUGACUCCAUGGAUUUGAUGUGCCUGCCAGGAUACGAAGGGGGUUUGCAGAGCGUUUACAUAGUGGAAGUUUUUGGGAGCGAUGGACUCGUAGUUAACGCGAGUAAUGGAGCUGCCUUGUGGAAUCUUCGAAGGUUGGGUGCUAAGCGGCAGUUGCAGUUAAAAGUUUACGCGGCUAACGCUAGAGGGCGUUCGCAACACGUGUCGUUUUCUGUGGAAACUAAGCCCAGUGUACCUCCUAGACCUGAAGCGCAAGAGGCUUGGGAGGUGAACUGGGCUAUUGGCGGAGUCAUGGGAGCAGCUGUCACAGUCGCAUUCAUUUUAUGUCUAGCCCUUAUUGCUACGAGGAUAAGGCACAGAGCGAGGGAUUACGAAGUAACAAUGCCGGCGAGUAAGAACCAAAAAACAACUUUGCCCAAACGGAUCUCGCCCCACGGCCCCGAUGAGCGGAACCCAGACUUAAUACCAUUAAGCAAAGGCAUCAUGGACUGCCAGCCCGAGCCGCCGCAAUACUGCGCGAUAGCGACCGGGCCAAAGAACUCAAACAGCGCACACAGCUUGCCCCGCACUCAGUCGCCGAGCACGCCGCGCACGCCGAACACGCCGCAUGCCCACACUGACAACCAGAGUGAUUCCGGACACAGUGUGACGAAUGGGGCGUUGAGGUCACACAGAGAGGUGGUGACCACUAGAACACCAUUACUGGCCGCGCAUCAAGAAAGCUGUGUCUAACGUUAAUAGAAAAAAAUACAUUCCAUUUUAUUAGAAACUGGCUGGAAAAACAAUUUUAUUAUUUUAAUUUUGUAAUUUUGCUAAAAAUAGGUUUUAGAAGAUUAUGAAAAAAAAAACCAUUAUUUUUUAAAA